AUGGACCGCAAGCGCAAGAGAGAACUACGUGACUUAAAUUUACGCGUCUGGGCAGGCGCAAAAGAUGUCUACGAAACAGCAAACUCGCUCGAUUCGUCUCUGAAGAAAAACACGGCGUUUAUUAAACGGCUCCGAACUGGGUUGUCGUCUGCUGCACAAGACACCUUUCUGUCCGAGAUCCGCACGUUAUCCCUACAAAAAUACCUCUCCGAGAUCAUAGCUGCCACAGCCGAAGGAUUGGGUAGACUGAAGACUGCGAGUGAGAUUGCCGCGGGUGUCGAGGUUGUCAGCGCACUACACCAGAGAUUUGGACCCCACGAAUUCACCAAGCAGCUGGCAUGGCUUCUGGGCAAGGGCUUGACAACUCCUGACAAGGCUCAGGUGAAAUUGUGGAGCCAGGAAGUCCGCGAACGGGAAGAGAAAGAGCGUCUAGUUCGACACCGAGUUCUCCUUCGUGUCGUCACCGAAUUCUGGCUAUGUGGCAUUCUUCGAAGCCUGGAUGAUGCGGAUCGACCAGAUGAAGCUACAACCCGGGGCAAAGAUGCGCCUUCACAACCCGAAUCCAAACCGAAGGUGGGCACAAAUGGUGUUCGAUCCGACACGAAUGUCGAGCAGGAUCCGUUUCCCCUGGAAGUUCUGAAGGAUUUGUUAGGCCAUGAUCCCGAGCAUGUUAACCUCAGUCUUGCUGUUCUUUUUGUGAAGAAUUUUGCCUGGGAUGUUCUGGGACUCAAACCACCGUCGGAGGAAGGCCGAAAAACAGUUGACGCAGACGGUCAGAUUGUCGAGCAAGCCAAAGAUGGCGAAGGCUCCUCUGCCCCCUCUGAGGAAGACGCGCCCAUUAUCCCUCAACCCAUCCGGCAGAGAUUCAUUAACGUCCUAGAACGAUAUUUGACUACAGUAAAAUCCCACGUCAUUCGAGACCAGAGAUCUCUGAACAAUCAAAGCCGCCGAAAUGCAGAGGCUUAUGUCAAAAGCGGCGAAAUUUUCGAAGACAGACAAGCAAAUUUCGAGAAGCAGGUCAAAGCCCAAGAGAAAUUAGUUGCAAAUGCCCAAGUCCUUUGUGAUGUCCUCGGACAAGAAAUGCCAGAUCUCGAAGAGAAAGACAGCGCCGAGACUACUACUUCAGGGAGCGUGGGGAUGAUCAAGACAGGCGACUACCUCAAAGGUCAAGGAGAGGGCGCUGGCAUCUGGGAAGACGAAGAAGAACGCCGUUUCUACGAGAACUUGGUUGACCUCAAGGGUCGAGUGCCAGGCAUUCUUUUGGAGGAUUCAAAAAAGAAGCCAGAAACAGAUGAACGUGGUGAAGCUGCCGCCACAUCCGGUGAAGGCGGGACGAAUAAGCCACAAGAGAACGAAGAGCAGUCUACCGCCAUCACGAACAAGACUGUUGGGGCUCAAGUCGAUGCCAUUCUUUUGCGCCUGCCAGAACUGCAAACCAAGGAUAUGGUCGACCAGGUUGCUUUGGACUUCUGCUUCCUCAACUCCAAAGCUUCCCGAAAUCGUCUCGUCAAGACCAUCCAGGAAGUCCCCAAAGGUCGACUAGAUCUACUACCUUUGUAUGCACGACUUGCUGCCACUCUUGGGCAGUAUAUGCCUGAUGUCGUGCAGGGUCUAAUCUCGCAUCUUGAUGACGAAUUUCGAAGCCUUCAGAGACGAAAAUCAAAAGAUUUUUUGGGGCAAAUUCGCAUGGCGAACAUCCGAUAUUUGGCGGAACUCACCAAGUUUGGCAUCGUCCCAGAGCACGUCAUUUUCCACUGUUUCAAAGUCAGUUUGGAUGACUUUUCGAGGAUGAACAUUGAGAUCAUUGCCCAUUUGCUCGAAAACUGCGGUCGAUAUCUCCUGCGCAACCCCGAGACAUCUCCUCGAAUGUCGUCUUUCCUUGAGACGUUGAACCGCAAGAAAUCUGCACAGCACAUGGGGACCCAAGAGCGUAUGCUUAUCGAAAACGCGUUGUACUAUGUCGACCCUCCUCAGCGCGCUGCCAUCCAACAAAAAGAGCGUACGCCAACGGAACUCUUUGUUCGACAACUGGUAUAUGUGGACAUGACGAAGCGAAACUACAUGAAGGUGCUCAAGACCAUUCGAAAACUCCAUUGGGAAGAGAAGGAGGUUGUCCAGAUGUUAGAGAAGAUUUUCAGCAAGCCGGGAAAAGUCAAGUUCAGCAACAUCCAUCUCUUGGCUGUUCUUCUGCAGGCUCUUUUUCGAUAUCAUCAAGACUUUACCGUUGGCAUUAUAGACAAUGUCUUGGAACAAAUUACUCUGGGUCUGGAGCAGAACGAUUUCAAGUUCAAUCAGCGAAGAGUGGCUGAAGUCAAAUACCUGGGCGAACUCUACAAUUACAAGAUGAUCGACUCCACCGUGGUGUUCGACACGUUGUAUCGGAUCGUGACAUUUGGCCAUGAAGGUGGAACACCUCAGCCUGGGAACUUCACACCCUUUGAUCCCCCCGAUGAGUUCUUCCGGAUCCGACUGAUAUGCACUCUCCUCGACACUUGUGGCAUCUGUUUUGACAGAGGUAGCUCCCGCAAAAAGCUCGAUUUCUUUUUGACUUUCUUUCAGUACUACAUGGCCACAAAGGAUCCCCUGCCCAUGGAAAUUGAGUUCCUAGUGCAGGACACUUACUCCCUUGUCCGCCCGAACUGGAAGCUAGUCACUGAGCUCGGCGAGGCGGCCAAACUAUUUGCUGAAGCUGUAAGCGCGAACUACAGGCAGCAAGGGGCCGAAAAAAGUGUGGAGCAACCAGAAGACAUUGAAGACACUGCUUCCGAAGAUGGACUUGGUGAAGGUGAUGUUGAACUUGACGCUGAAAUCGCGCGAUCAUCAGAUGAAGAAGGCGAGGCGGCGGCGGCAGCAGCAGCAGCAGCAGAAGAGGACACAGGUGAAGAGAAAGAAGACAUUGACUCCGAUGAAGAAGAACAGAUUGUUGUCUUGCGUCAAGAGGAACAUUUGGACCCAGAAGUCGAGGCCGAGUUUGACCGCGCAUUCGAAAAGAUGAUGGCCGAAAGCUUGGACUCGCGGAAGUUCGAGCGCAAGACUCAUUUCGACACAAAGACAAUUAAGCUACCGUCGGACUCGAGCUUCGCCGUUUCCAUGAAAUCGCAGCAAGCUGCCGAAAGGGAGGAACAACAACGCAUCAAGAACCUGGUCCUCAAUUAUGAUCUGCGCGAAGAUGAUCAACACGAUGGUAUUCCCAAUGGAUUUUCUUGUGGCCCUAUUAUUCAACCUCCCGUGGAAAAGAACCCCAAUACUAAAGGACUCAAAUUAGGACCCGAUCACUACAAUCCUUCCCUCAGUCGUGCUGAGAGGUCGGGGCGCCACGCGCCACGAGCAAGAAGACUCAACUUAAGCGAUGUUGACUGGUACGGCACCAAGAAAUCACGUCCUACCCAGGUAACGUGUGGGAAAGAGGCAGCUGGCAGCUUUCCAUCAACGCACAAGCACUCCCCCUUUCGCACAAAGAAGCCAGGCUGA